AGCUCAGCGGAAAAACCCCGCCAAAGUUGAGAAGGGCGCCUGAGGCACAGGAUAAUACUUGUGAGGACCCUACAAAAAUACUCGACAAAACAAAAAUACUCCAGACAUCCCUCCCCAAAUCUCAUUCUCCUACCUCCAUGUAACCUGCCGAAAGGUUACUCAUCUUGGUCACUUCCAAGCCCGGAGGUGGGCGGUGAACAGGGAGGAGUCUGGGGAAAGAAAACGCGGCCCCAAGACGCCUGGUCCACUCCUGGGAACCCAGAGAUGUCUCCGUCACCGCUGCUGCUGCUGCUGCUGCUGCCGCCGCCGCUCUUACUCAUGGAUCCCACCACAGCCACGCUGAUCCGGAUCCCUCUUCACCGAGUCCACCCUGAUCCCAGAACCCUGAACUCACCGAGGGCAUGGAGGAAGGCAGCAGAACACAUGAGUUUGGUGGCCUCCUCUCCUGGGGACAAGUCUACUUUUGUGCCUCUUUCUAACUACAUGAAUGUCCAGUAUUUUGGGGAAAUUGGGCUGGGAACGCCCCCACAAAACUUCUCUGUCGUCUUCGACACUGGCUCCUCCAACCUCUGGGUCCCGUCCAAAAGAUGCCACUUCUUAAGUCUGCCCUGCUGGGUCCACCACCGCUUCAACCCCAAUGCUUCCAGCUCCUUCCAGCCCAAUGGGACCAAGUUUGCUAUUCAAUAUGGAACCGGGCGGCUUACUGGCAUCCUGAGUGAGGACAAGCUGACUAUUGGAGGAAUCGAGGGCACAUCAGUGGUUUUUGGGGAGGCCCUGUGGGAGCCUAGCCUGGUCUUUACUUUUGCCCCCUUCGAUGGGAUAUUGGGCCUUGGUUUUCCUAUUUUGGCCGUGGAUGGAGUUCGGCCCCCGCUGGAUAUACUUGUGGAGCAAGGACUGGUGGACAAGCCUGUCUUCUCCUUCUACCUCAACAGGGACCCUGAAGCACCUGAUGGAGGAGAGCUGGUCCUGGGGGGCUCAGACCCGGCACACUAUAUCCCACCCCUCAACUUCAUGCCAGUCACUAUCCCAGCCUACUGGCAGAUCCACAUGGAGCGUGUGAAGGUGGGCACAGGGCUGAAUCUCUGUGCCCAGGGCUGUGCUGCCAUCCUGGACACAGGCACAUCCCUCAUCACAGGACCCGCUGAGGAGAUACAAGCGCUUAACUCAGCCAUUGGAGGUGUUGCCCUCCUGACUGGACAGUACCUCAUCGAUUGCUCGAAAAUCCCAACGCUCCCCCCAGUCUCCCUCCUCCUUGGGGGUGUCUGGUUUAACCUCACUGCCCAAGACUACGUCGUUCAGAUUGCUCGGUUUGGUGUCCGCCUCUGCCUGUCUGGCUUCCAGGCUCUGGACGUGCCUCCGCCCAUGGGGCCCUUCUGGAUCUUGGGCGACGUCUUCUUGGGGAGCCACGUGGCCGUCUUCGACCGCGGGGAGAACGAAGGCAGCGCCCGAGUAGGGCUUGCCCGCGCUCGUCCUCGCGGGGCGGGGCGGCGAGGGGGCAGGCCCGCGCAGGCGCAGUUCUCCGGGUGACGCCCCGUUUAGGCGCAUGCGUGCCCGGGUAGUAGCGCAAAGGCACGCAAUCCAGUAAAAAUCCUCUAUUUCCAUUG